CCGGGAGCCGGCGCGGGGACUCACGGGGUGGCCGCUCGCACGCAGGGGGCGUGGCCGUGCGACUCCGCAGGCCUGGGACCUGAGAGAAUUCCAAGUAGGAUAGGCUACGGCCGGAGGGUCAGUGGGGCCGGCUUCCUGACCCCAGUCGACCGUGCCCAGCCUGGUCUCGGCCGCUUUGUAGGUGCAAUCGGACUCGCCUUCGAGGGAGCCGGAGCGUCGGGGCUUCGCAGGCGACUGCACCCUGCCCGGCAUGGCAGACCUGCCACUCCCACCGCCAGAUCCCCAGUUUGUUCUCCGAGGCACCCAGUCAGCGGUGCAUGCACUGCAUUUCUGCGGAGGAGCCCAGGGGCAGGGCUGCCCGCUCCUCCUCUCAGGAUCCCUGCGUGGGCUGGUGCACAUCUGGAGCCUGCAGACGCGGAGGGUGGUCGCCACCCUGGACGGACAUGGGGGCCAAUGUGUGACUUGGUUGCAGACCCUGCCCCAGGGGCCCCAGCUUCUCAGCCAGGGCCGGGACCUGAAGCUGUGCCUGUGGGACCUGGCGGAGGGCAGGAACACCGUUGUGGACUCCGUGCACCUGGAGAGCGUGGGCUUCUGCAGGGGCUCCAUCCUGGCUGGGGGCCAGUCACGCUGGAUGCUGGCCGUGCCAGGGAGUGGCAGCGACGAGGUUCAGAUUUUGGAGAUGCCGUCUAAGACGUCAGUGUGCUCCCUGAAGCCUGAGGCAGGGACCAGGCCAGGCAUGCCCAUGUGCCUGCAGCUCUGGCAGGCAAACUCCAGCCCCCGCCCCCUCCUCCUGGCUGGCUAUGAGGAUGGCUCAGUGGCCCUCUGGGACGUCUCUGAGCAGAAGGUGUGUAGCCGCAUCGCCUGCCACACGGAGCCUGUCAUGGGACUGGAUGUUGAUUCUCAGAAGGCCCGGGGCGUCUCAGGCUCUGCAGAGAAGGUGCUGGCCGUCUGGAGUGUGGAUGAGCAGCAGGCCCUACAGGUGCGCAGGACCCACCAGCUCACGAACCCCGGAAUUGCUGACAUCAAGAUCCGGCCAGACCGCAAGAUCCUGGCCACUGCGGGCUGGGACCAUCGAGUGCGUGUGUUUCUCUGGCAGACAAUGAAGCCGCUGGCCGUGCUGGCUUUCCACAGUGCCACUGUCCAUUGCGUGGCCUUCGCUGCUGACAGCUUGCUGGCCGCAGGGUCCGGAGAUCAUCGCAUCAGCAUCUGGUCGCUCUACCCACACACAUGACUCGUGGCUCCUUGUCAGGAUGUGCGGACAGCAGAGGUGGUAGAGGGAAACCAAAGCCGUAGGUCUCGGCCCCUCUGGUUAUGAAGAGCCAGUCAUGCAGACUCCCUUCCUGCCAGGACCUGCACCCUUUCAUGAAGCACAGCAUCUGUGCGAUGGUAGCUGCAGUUUAAAGUGUGACCCGGCCAGACACUGGCACCUGCGGCCCCAGGCAGGAGGCUGAUGGGGCACCUGACAUUAAACUUCUCUUUGCAAA